AUGUGUAUAAGAGACAGGGGUAAGACACCGCACACGGUCAAAAGAAAUGUUCGGAGAGAAACAUUUGAUGUUGUCAGACUCAGUCCAGAACUAGAGCAAUGUGUUCAAGUGGAUGAGGAUGCCCGUUUGGAAAGAAGUGAAGUGGACGUGAAUUGCGCCCUCGAUGAAUGCCUUCACAGCUGUCUUGGUUUCAUGAACGAGAUAAAGAAUGAAAGCAAAGUUAGUGAUUGGCUAGAAGAGCUACAUGAACGCUGCCCUCAAGUAAGAAGUAGAGCUUUGUUUUGGGUUUGUCGAGCUAAAGUCGCUGAGAGGGCUGGUUUUGGUCAGCAGCAUGUCCUCGGGGGAUUAUC